AAGCAACGAAUGAUCUAAAUUUAAUUGUAUUUUCCUGUUAAGCUAUACCAGAGUUUGUUAGCUAGCUCAGCUUUUAGCUCAAAGUGUAACAAUGUUACAGAACCCAUAUUUAGUCCCUGCUAACGUCAUUAAAAAUAUCAUAUCUGGUGUAGCUGUCCUACACGGUGGGUUAGUGGUUAGCAUAUUGGCCACACAGGAGAUCGGGAAACCUGGAAUCGAAUCUCCGCUUGCCUUCUCUUUGUGGAGUUUAAAUACAACUUAAAGCAUAUUAAAGAUAUGUGGUAGAUUAUGGUACUUGAAUAUCCAUUUGAAGACGAAAUUUAAUUCAAAUUUAAUUGUUUGAAACGUUUUUCUAGCAUGUAGCGUUUGCAUUGCGGUUCGUGUUGGGUGAAAACGAAUACACGGCUGUACUGCAGUUUGAGGAAGAUACGUGAAAAACAUGUUCCGUCACUUUCUUCCCUGGACUAUUUGAUUAUCAAAACGCAUGAUGGAGUCUUGUCAGAAGCAUGAAGAAGACGUGCUUGACCAGGUGCUGAUGGAGGACACGUCGACCACCUCAGAAGACAUCCUGAGCCACUCCCACCACCUGGGUCAGCCAAGCACAUCGGAGGAGAGAGAACAUCUUAAGGUCUACCUUCGUAUCCGACCCUUCACAGCAACUGAGACCCAGAAUGGAGAGUCGCAGGACUGCGUGUCCAUGGAUCCUCCUGACACCGUCCUGCUGAGGCCUCCCAGUGCAGCUCUCUCAGGCCGUCUCAGCGCCGACAAAUCACUCCCAUACACCGCUCAGCGCUUCCAGUUCUCUCAAGUGUACGGUGAAGACACCACGCAGAGGGAGUUAUUCCAAGGAACUGUCAAGGAUUUGGUCAAACAUGUUCUCCAAGGAAGGAAUUCUCUGGUUUUCACCUAUGGAGUCACCAACGCUGGAAAAACGUUCACAUUUUUGGGUCCGGAUGCUGAUGCCGGCAUCUUGCCAAGGUCUCUGAAUGCAAUCUUCAGCAGCAUGGAAGAGAAGGUCUUCGCCGGGAUGAGCGUCAAACCUCAACGCUGCACAGAGUUCACCAAGCUGAGCAAGGAGCAGCAGGCGGAGGAGGCGGUCUUCAAGAACAACCUCAUGCAGCAGUUUAAAGACAGCGAGAAACUCAACAGCAGCCUGUGGCCUCCCAGCAGUAAGAUGCUUCUUGAAGACUCCUACGCAGAAGACAGACUCAGCCUCGCCGUGGAAGCCGACACCAAGUUCUCUGUGUGGGUGUCCUUCUGUGAGAUCUACAACGAGAGCAUCCACGACCUCCUGGAGGCCAUGCCCAGCGGAGCGCCCAGGAGAACAGCCUUGCGUUUGUCUCAGGACGUGAAGGGCAACGCCUUCGUUAAAGAUCUGCGUUGGGUCCAAGUGGACAGUGCGGAGGAAGCCUACAAAGUCAUGAAGCUGGGCAAGAAGAACCAGAGCUUCUCUUCCACCAGGCUCAACCAGCUGUCCAGCAGGAGCCACAGCAUCUUCUCCAUUCGCGUUCUGAGGAUUAAGGACGCCAGAUCGCCCCGCGUCCUCGGAGUCAGCGAGCUGUGUCUGUGCGACCUCGCCGGCUCCGAGCGAUGUGCCAAGACUCAGAACCAAGGAGAACGUCUGAAGGAAGCCGGCAACAUCAACACGUCGCUGCUGAUCCUGGGCAAGUGCAUCAACGCGCUGCGACACAACCAGCAGUCCAAGCUGCUCCAGCACGUCCCCUUCAGGGAGAGCAAGCUGACCCACUACCUGCAGGCCUUCUUCUGUGGUCGAGGAAAAGCGUGCAUGAUCGUCAACAUCAACCAGUGCGCCUCCAUGUACGACGAGACACUCGGUGUCCUCAAGUUCUCCGCUGUGGCACGCAAGGUUGUACUUCUACCAAGCAAGCCUCAUCCUAUCACGCCCCUGAGGACCGACACUGAGAUGACCUUUAUCGGUGGGGGUGGCAGGAAGACUGUCCAAAGUUCUCUGAUUAGCUGGGAGAGCAGCCUGGAGGAUGUGCAGGAAGUUAUCCAGGAAGAUGAUGACGAUAAGGUCUCAGUGGAGGACACCUUGUAUCUCAGUGAUGACAACUUUGGAGACAUUGAGGAUGAAACGCAUAAAACGACCUAUGAGGUUUGUCAUAUAUUUUUUUUUGUCAUAUAUUUGCAUCUAAACACACAUUCAAUAUCUCCUCAAUGUUCCCUGCAGCAGCAGGCGGCACUGUUGAAGGAGCUUGAAAUGGCGCUGAAGAAGGAGCGAGCAGACAGCAUACUCAUGGAAGCACAGGUCCGAGAGGAGGUCGGCGCAGAGUUCGCCAAGCUCUUCUCCGAAAUGCAGAAGGACUUUGCUGAGCGGCUGGUGAGAGAGAAAGAGCUGCUGGAGGAGCGGGCGGAGAAGCGGCUGGAGAUUUUCAAGAAGCUUAUUGAAAAGAUGUCCACCUGUGGAGAGGGUCCCAAUGCACAGAGCGCGGAGAUGCUAGCUGCUCUUCACAAGGAGACUGCAGGCAACGACGAUGUCAUUGUUGCGCUGGAGAAGAAGAUCCUGGAGACCCUGCAGGAGGAGAGGCGUUCUAAGGAGGAGGCCACCACCGCUGCAGACCAGCUGAAGCUCAGUGAGGAAAAGGAGCGAAAAGGCCAAGAGGAAGUAGAGCGACAAGCCAGAGAAGAAAUGCUCGCCGCUCUGCAGGAGGAAAGGAGCAGCAAGGUUACCAUGGAGACGUUGAGAGCAGAACAAGCAUCCACUCAGGGACAGCUAAACAACACGAAAGAGGUCCAGCGGAGCUCUGAUCAGACCACCGUCAAUGAGCAACUCAGACAGGAAGUGCGCGCGCUCCAAAAAAGUCUCUCAGAUGAAAGGGAGAAAAGUAAAAGUCAGAUGUCAGAGCUCACACGCAUUAACGAAGAUGUGGCCCGCAAGAAGCUCUUGUUGGAGCAGCUGCAGGAGAAACUGAGCCUCCAGGAAACAGCUGCCCACCACCAAGCUGAAGAGCAAAGAACGAUGCUCCAGGAGCAAAGCGAGGCGACGACAAAGCAGGUCGCAGAGCUCAGUCAGAAGCUGCGACAAAGAGAAGAAACCUGUGAGAAGCAGCUGAAGGAACUGCAUGAACAAAAAGCAUCAUGUGACCACUUCAGACAGCAGCUCAGCGAACAGCAGCACACAGCAGAACAGCUGAAGACCGAGCUUGAAGAAGCCAGCUCCAGCAGAUGUGCGGCUGAAGAAGAAGUGAGCAGGCUCAACGCUGACCUUGCGUCCUUAAGAGGAAAGGUCACCAACAUGGAGGAGGAGGCACCACCUGCUGACGCAGAUGUGGAGGUCCAGAUGGACGCAGAGGCGGCUGCUGAGCUGGAGAAGAAGCUCCGCGACAAAGAGGCACACAUAGCCACUCUACAGAAGAAGCUACAGGAGGCACAGGAGCAGCGGGAGGACGACGACAGCCAAGCCCUCCAGGAGGCACGGCGUGUGGAGGUGGAGCGUCGCAGGGAGUUGUUGGCGGUGGCCCAUGAGGCCAUCGCCCUCAAAGAUGCCGAGCUGGAGAAGAGAGCUCAGGAGAUCAGCAGACUGAAGGAAACUUCCAAGCAGGACUCGGACAAAGUAAGAAGUCUGAGCCUGGAUCUUGAGAGGAAAGAAGAGGACACUUGUGACCUCAAAGAGAAGCUAGCUGACUACAAGAAGCAGAUUCAGCAGGUCCACAAAGAGAUCUCCACCAUGAAAGACGAAGAGAAGCUCUUAAGACAGAAGCUGUCCGAUGUGGAGAAAGCGAAGAAGCAGCUCCAGUUAGAGCUGACCAACCGGGACAGAACCAUCCAGCAACUCAAACUGGAGCAGCCAGCAGAGACCAAGAGUGAUGAGACACUGCAAAAGUACCACAAAGCCCGACAAGAGCUGGAGGCAAAGCAGAGCGUGAUAGACGACAUGCGCUUAGCUCUCCUGGAGCAGGAGGAGACUCAGCAGCAGAUGGAGCAGGUCCUGGAGGAGAAAGCCAACCUCAUCCAGGAGCUCACUGGAGAACUCGAAAGAAUGAAGGAGCGUUUGAGGCAGCAAAACGAUGAAAAGGAUGCAACCCAUCCCGCUGACGGCUCGUCACGUGACCUUGAACUAGCCAAUCAGGAAGCUGCUCGGGCUGUGGAAAACCUCAAGCUGUGGGAGGAGAAACAACUAGUGGAACGCCACAAGUGGAAGGAGGAGAAGCUGGCCCUCAUUGGCCAAAUCAAAGAGGCGGAGGACAAGAGGAACCAAGAAAUGAAGAAGUUUGUAGAGGACAGACAACAAUACCUGGGCCAGCAGGCCCGCUUGGAGGCCCAGCUGGCUGACCAGGAGCACACCAUGGACACCUGGCGGAAGGAGAGAGACGCUCUGGUUGCUGCUCUGCAGCUUCAGCUUCAGAAGCUGCUGGACAGCCAAGCUGACAAAGACAAAUUGAUCCAGCAGCUUUGCCAAAAUCGCACAGAGACACCAGCAGAGGUUGCCGACAGCCUGGCGGCUCCUCUGAUGGAAAGAGAAGGUCACAGCUCGCAGCUUAAAGAUCCGCUGGAGACCGGCGUGGCACACAAAGAUCAGCAGCAGUCCACCUCUCAGGUGAAAGACGGCGAGAAAGUCCAGGGGGGUGCGACCCCCAACAGGAAGUCACCAGCAGGGAGUGAGACCAGGGCAUCGGUCAGCAGUCAGGCCUCCUCCAGCUGCCCCGCUGUGCUGGACUCCUCCCAGAUUUCCACGGAGAACGGCAAGGCCAGCCGCUUCCCCCAGCCGGAGCUGGAGAUUUCCUUCAGCCCUCUGCAGCCCAACCGCAUGGCGCUGCGACGCCAGGGCCAGGACAGCACCGUCACCGUCAAGAUCACACGCUCGGCUCGCAAAAGGAAGAGCAGCGAGAUGGAGAAGCAGGAUGAAGUGGAGGCGGAGAAUCAAAGAAACACCAAAAUGACGCCAACACAGAGCAUGCACCAACAAGAGUCACCCCGUCCAGGUGCUCAUCCCUCUCAGAGCAGCAUUCGCUCCCGCAAGGAAGGAACGCUGCAGAAGAUUGGCGACUUCCUGCAAAGUUCGCCCACGCUGCUCGGCACUAAAGCCAAGAAGAUGAUGAGUCUGGUGAGCGGCAGGACCGACGUGGACUUCACCUCCUCCCCCUCGACCGCCAUCACCUCCACUUCCUCCAUCAGCCUGAAGAACAAGAGAAGCAAGAAGAACAGAAAGCUUCUCCGGCCAGAGAUCUCGUCACCCAUGGACAUACCCGUACACCCGAUUGUCAGUAGCGGGACGGAGGAGAAGGAAGGAGACCGUGCCACCAUGCGGAGGCGCCUUCGCUCCACGAAGGCCAAAUAAUGGCCUCCUGACGUCAGGUGCACGCGUGUUGCGUUUCAUUCAAGUAUUUCGAAUAAGUUGUUCUUUGACCUUUGGGUAGCCUAGCGUAGCACCUACGUGUUCGGCUAAGCUAAUCGAUGGGUUAUACUGUUUUAUCCAUAGCUGACUAGCACUGACUUUAUUUCAAUGUUUAAAACGUGCAAUUUUUACACAGUUGUGUUGCAGUUUGAUGUCAAGAAGGAAAACUUGUGCACUUUAAAUUUCCUGUUUGUCGUCCGCCAUUCCAACGUUAUUUGAUGAUUAAAAUGUUUGGAUGACA